CUCCAGUUCAACUCAGUUCUCCAGCGCUCUCACCGGCUCACCAGCCCAAGUUUACGCACAGGGAUGCGGGCGCGUAGAGCUUUCUGAAAAUGGCUUUCUUUAGGAUUUACUCAUUUCUUAUUCCUUUUCACCUAUUAGUAUUUUGUCAAGCCUUGAGGAAUUAUCCGGAUAAUGAAGUUACUCUGCUUGACUCUAUGUCUGCCCCAGGUGAUCUGGGUUGGGAAGCAUAUCCUCCAGAGGGGUGGGAGGAGAUAAGUGUAAUGGACGAGCGGAACAUACCUAUGAGGACCUACCAGGUGUGCAAUGUAAUGGAGGCCAAUCAGAACAACUGGCUGCGCACUGGCUUGAUCCAGCGAGAGGGUGCCCAACGCAUCUACGUGGAGAUCAAAUUCACUCUACGUGACUGCAAUAGCCUGCCGGGAGUUCCUGGAACCUGUAAGGAGACAUUCAACGUAUACUACCACGAGUCCAACAAUGCUGUCGCUGCCCCUUUACGCCACAUUCGCGAAAGCCAGUAUGUUAAGAUUGACACUAUCGCGGCCGACGAGAGCUUCACACAGACGGACGUCGGUGAUCGUGUCAUGAAGCUAAACACGGAAGUUCGAGACAUCAGCGGUCUCAGUAAGAGGGGCUUGCACCUGGCAUUUCAGGACCUGGGUGCUUGCAUUGCUCUGGUGUCGGUUAGAGUUUUUUAUAAGCAUUGUCCUCUGGCUGUGCUCAAUCUGGCCCGCUUCCCGGACACAGUGACGGGCGGCGAUUCAGCACUGGUGGAAGUGCGCGGCACUUGUGUGGAGGAUGCGGAAGAGCUGGAGGGGCCUCGGAUGUUCUGUAGCGCUGAUGGAGGUUGGCUGGUGCCCAUCGGCCGCUGUGUCUGCCAUACAGGCUUCGAGGAGGUGGAUGGACACUGCCAACCAUGUCGGUCAGGCUUCUACAAGGCCUCUGCCAUGGAUGCAUACUGUGUGAAGUGCCCUCCACACAGCUACUCAAACCAGGACAAGGCCUCCGAGUGUGUGUGCGAGAGAGGUUUCUAUAGGGCAGAAUUGGACCCGCGCUCUAUGGCUUGCACAAGACCACCUUCUGCGCCUGGCAACCCUAUUUCCAUGGCCAACGAGACAGCGGUGACUCUCGAAUGGAGUCCUCCUCGCGACAGUGGUGGACGUGGGGACGUCACCUACAGUGUCCACUGCAAGAAGUGCUCAGGAGAAACAGCGCCGGGGGCCAGUCGAAACGCAGAGAGGUGCGUUCCCUGCGGCAGCGGUCCUCACUUCAACCCGAGGCAGUUUGGCUUGACGCAUCCAAGAGUUCUGAUCACAGAGCUGCAGCCCCACACCAGUUACACCUUCAGUAUAGAAGCCCUGAACGGAGUCUCGGAUCUCAGCCCAAGUCCACGUCAACUAGUGUCGGUCAAUAUCACCACCAGCAAAACAGUGAGCGUAAUCGUAAAGGAAUGGAAGGGAACCGACAGUGUAACAUUGGCAUGGCAGGGUCCAGAGCCUUCAGAUGGGACUGUUGUGGAAUAUGAGGUUACCUAUUAUGAAAAGAAUCAGCAGGAUCAGAACUACACGGUGCUGAAGACCAAAUCUAACAGUAUGAUAGUAGAUGGACUCAAGCCAGGAACCACAUACGUGUUCAGGGUUCGAGCCCGUAUAGAUGGUGAUUAUGGGAACUACAGGGGUGAGAUCGAGUUGGAGACCAGCCACGAAGACAUGUUGGCGGUUGGAGACCCAAACCAGCAAACCAUCCUGGCCAUCUCGGUGGCUGGUGGUGCAGUUCUGCUGGUCUUACUGGUGGCCUGUUUUGUCGUGAGUGGACGGGGCUGUGGAUAUAUUAAGGCAAAGCAAGACCCAGAGGAAGAGAAAAUGCAGUUUCAGCAUGGACGAGUCAAACUUCCUGAAACUCGUACUUACAUUCACCCGCACACAUACGAGGACCCCAACCAGGCUGUGCGAGAUUUCGCCAAAGAGAUAGAAGUCUCUAACAUCCGAAUUGAGAGAGUUAUUGGGGCAGGUGAGUUUGGAGAGGUGUGCAGUGGGCGUCUGAGGCUGCCCAGUAAGAGAGAGAUCCAGGUGGCCAUUAAGAGUCUGAAAGCUGGAUACUCAGAUCAGCAGAGACGAGACUUCCUGAGUGAGGCCAGCAUCAUGGGCCAGUUUGACCACCCCAACAUCAUUAGAUUGGAGGGAGUUGUCACCAGAUGUAAGCCUGUGAUGAUAGUGACAGAAUACAUGGAAAAUGGAUCUCUGGACACUUUUUUAAAGAAACAUGAUGGACAGUUCACAGUGAUCCAGCUGGUAGGAAUGCUGCGUGGGAUAGCUGCGGGAAUGCAGUACCUCUCAGAGAUGAACUACGUGCACCGGGAUUUGGCAGCACGAAAUAUUCUGGUGAACGGAAAUCUGGUGUGCAAAGUGUCUGACUUUGGGCUGUCGCGUGUGCUGGAGGAUGAUCCAGAGGCGGCGUAUACAACGCGGGGUGGCAAAAUUCCCAUUCGAUGGACGGCCCCUGAAGCCAUCACCUACAGGAAGUUCACAUCAGCCAGUGACAUGUGGAGUUAUGGCAUUGUCAUGUGGGAAGUGAUAUCCUAUGGGGAGCGGCCAUACUGGGAAAUGUCCAAUCAGGAUGUGAUAAAAGCUAUAGAUGAAGGCUACAGACUGCCGGCUCCGAUGGACUGUCCGGUGGUACUGCACCAGCUCAUGUUAGACUGCUGGGAAAAGAAUCGCAGUGAUCGACCAAAAUUCGAGCGGAUUGUCAACACCCUGGACAGGCUGAUCCGGAAUCCUAGCAGCCUGAAGCAGCUGGCCAACACUGCAGUCUGGGAGGACCCAGUGACCCCUGAGGCUGGGGUCAGCACAGUGAAGGACUGGCUGGACUUAAUUAAAAUGGGUCAAUACAAGGAGCACUUCUCCAGUGCUGGCUACGCCACUCUGGACUCUGUUCUGUAUGUCAGCGCCAGUGAACUGGAUAAGAUGGGUGUUGCACUGGCGGGCCAUCAGAAAAAGAUCCUAACUAGUAUCCAGUGUCUUCACGCACAGCAUGAGAAUCAAAGUUCAGGAGAAUGCGGCGAUACCUCCCUUUUGUGAUCAGCGUCCAGAAAUCUUCAGAGACAGCAGAUCGCUGCUCAAAGACUGUGAUAUCUAUUGAUCCAGGGGAAGCGAGGACAAGAACCGACACCAUGUGACAUCACAGCACUGUGAACAUCACACUCCACUCCUCACUGUACAGAAGAAAGACACUGAGAAGAACAACUGAUGGUGUCUUGUGAUUCUUUUAACUGUCUUUUGAAUAUGACACUUGUGUCUUGGUGGACUUGAAUGAGGAGGAUGAGGAACCUUCAGAUGUCCUUGCAAACUUGCGCGCAUGGUAAUAGUUUAGAAAUGUUCAUGAAAGACUGCUCGCCAGUAGAUGCAAAAAGCAGUGUAGCACUGAUCUAUCCUUCACACAUUCACACGCGUACACAGUAGAGCCGCUCCUUGGCCCAAAAUGCCACAUCGGACAUUUCUUGUCAAGUCCUUGGCAGAGUCUUUGGAAUCUGUUGAUUCCAGAGUGGAGUAUUUGGAGGCCUCACCACUUCCCCCACACUUGUCACUUUUGACAAGUUCUGACAUCCAGUGUGCACCAACAGAAAAACCAGAGACGCUAAAUGAAUUAAAAGUAAUUGUUGCUUCAUGAAAAUGGACAUGUCAUGAAGAAGGCAGAUGUCAUGAAAGGAAAUUGAACAUCCUUCUUUUGACACUGGCAGCAACUUUCGGUCCUAUUUUUUAACAGCCUUCCUGUUUGACAUGGCUUUUCUUCUAAUUUCAUUGCAUAUUUUACAUCUUGCCAAGGCAUAGCUCUGUAUAUGCCUCAUUAUGAGUGUUUCAUCACAAGUGUAAACUGCUACAUCUGAAGUCUUUAAUGGAAUAAGGAGACAGAAAGCAUUUAAUUUAAUGACUUUUUCCCUAAAUUGACCUGGUGUUGACUGAGCUUUACUUGGUAGACUGUAGAACCUAUAUUUGUCUCGGACAUUGUUUAGUGUAAAGCUCUAUUGGUGACCGAGUGGUUAUAUUUACAUUACAUUCUACAUUAAUGCAUUUGACAGAUGCUGCAAGGCAUUCAAGGUAUAUAUUAUUAUUAGAAUGUGAGUUCUCUGGAAAACCUUUAGAUUACAUUUCCAUAUGAUCUGAUAAUGACUGAAGGAGCUUAAACAUUUUACCAUAAAACUGACAUGUCAUUUCAUGCACCAUGUCCAUAAUCCUGUGUAAAAUGGUGUCAGAACUGGAUAUUUGUUGCUGGUACUUAAAAAAAAAUAGAUCCAUUCCCCAUUUUCUAGUUUAUCAUUCCACAUUUCUUGGCAGUGCUUUGUUUUGCUACGUGUAACACUACAAUGAAGAAGAUUGUACUGCAGUAGAAAUUGAGACAUUUGUAUUGUGUUGGUUAUUGUAUUUGUACAGUAAUGACUUAGUGUCUUGAAGGUUUUGUCAAUUGUAAAUUGAGGCAAGGUUUUAAUGCUUAUUUUAACCUUCAACUCUAGCUUUGGACAGACAAGGAUUGUGAGGCUGAAGAAUGUAAUGGAUUAUUUAGCUUUAUGGUGUUUGGGAAAGCUGAGCAUUCUCAGGAGUUUUUUUUUUUUUUUUUUUUU